AUGGUCAAGCAAGGUGAUUCCGUACCCAACGUCGACCUCUUCGAGGAUUCGCCCGGCAACAAGGUCAACCUCGCCGACGAGCUCUCUUCAGGCAAGGGUCUCAUCAUUGGUGUCCCUGCCGCCUUCUCCCCAGGAUGCUCCGAUUCACACAUUCCCGGCUACCUAAGCAGUGACAAGCUCAAGUCCGCAGGAAAGGUCUAUGUUGUCUCUGUCAAUGACGCUUUUGUCAUGAAGGCUUGGGGAAAGAGCUUGGACGCAGACAAGAGCAGUGGCAUUCGCUUCCUGGCAGACCCCUCUGGCAAAUUCGCUAAGGCCUGGGAUGUCGACUUCGACGCCAGUGGUCUCCUCGGAAACUACCGAAGCAAGCGUUAUGCUGUCGCGGUUGAAAAUGGCAAGGUUGUCAAAGCCUCCGUGGAACCAGACAAUGUUGGCAUCUCCGACUCCGCCGCCGACAAAUUCUUGUGA